AAACUCUACUGUGACAGUGAGAGAGCCCACACAUAAAAAGAUCAGAUUUGGAUGAAGUUGUACCAGCCCUCAGAUGUCAGCAGGAGAGGAUUCAGCCUUCUGGGUCAAUGCGAUGUUUAGGGGGCAGCAUGUGGCCACUUGGUAAUUUGAGGGAUUCUUGUCAUUUAACAGGCUCCUAGAGCUGUGAUCAAAGACUGUGUUGUAAAUGAGCAUAGAGAAAGGGUAUUUCUCCUAGUUUCUUGUUUUCUGUCAGCCCCCAUUGGCAGGCAUCUCUACCAUGAGUAGGCAUGGGAACCAGUUAAAGAAAGUGUCGAUUCAGUCAAGUAACGCUGAGAACUCUGGCUUUUGUCUGUACUGAAUGUGGCCGGAAAGGCAAAACAGAAGGAGAUUCUGCUGUGGGGUUUCUCAUCUCCAUGGUGGUAGGUGCUGGCAGCCUCAGAAGGGGAACUGGAAGAGCGCAGAGAAGAGAUCAUGAGGUGUAUCUGCGCAGUCGUGUUGUAGAUGAAAAGGCCCCAGGGUUGGGAUCUGUAACUAAGGCUUUAACAGAAAAUCUUUGAACACGUAAAAGUCAGAAUAUACCUAGAACUUUUAACUGACUCCUUUGGAUGCCCUAAAGACCAAAAAAAAAAAAAGAAUGAGCUAUUACGGAAGUAGCUACCGGAUUGUCAACGUGGACUCCAAAUAUCCAGGCUAUCCUCCAGAGCAUGCCAUAGCCGAGAAGAGAAGAGCGAGGAGGCGCCUGCUCCACAAAGAUGGCAGCUGUAACGUGUACUUUAAACACAUUUUUGGAGAAUGGGGGAGCUACAUGGUUGAUAUAUUCACCACUCUUGUGGAUACCAAGUGGCGCCAUAUGUUUGUAAUAUUUUCUUUGUCUUACAUUCUCUCCUGGUUGAUAUUCGGCUCCAUAUUUUGGCUCAUAGCCCUUCAUCACGGAGACCUAUUAAGCGAUCCAGACAUCACCCCGUGCGUGGACAACGUGCAUUCAUUUACGGCGGCGUUUUUAUUCUCCCUUGAGACCCAAACCACCAUCGGGUACGGUUACCGUUGUGUCACGGAAGAAUGCUCUGUGGCCGUGCUGACGGUCAUCCUUCAGUCCAUCCUGAGCUGCAUCAUAAACACCUUCAUCAUUGGGGCAGCCUUGGCAAAGAUGGCGACCGCCCGGAAGCGAGCCCAGACCAUCCGCUUCAGCUAUUUCGCACUCAUCGGCAUGAGAGACGGGAAGCUUUGCCUCAUGUGGCGCAUAGGUGACUUCCGACCCAACCAUGUGGUGGAGGGCACGGUGAGAGCCCAACUUCUGCGCUAUUCAGAAGACAGCGAAGGGCGGAUGACGAUGGCGUUUAAAGACCUCAAACUCGUCAAUGACCAGAUAAUCCUGGUAACGCCAGUGACCAUUGUCCAUGAAAUUGACCACGAGAGUCCUCUGUAUGCCCUUGACCGCAAGGCAGUGGCCAAAGAUAAUUUCGAGAUUCUGGUGACAUUUAUUUAUACUGGUGACUCUACUGGGACAUCCCACCAGUCCAGAAGUUCCUACGUCCCCAGAGAAAUUCUCUGGGGACACAGGUUUCAUGAUGUAUUGGAAGUGAAGAGAAAGUACUACAAGGUAAACUGCUUGCAGUUUGAGGGAAGCGUGGAAGUCUACGCCCCCUUUUGCAGUGCCAAACAACUGGACUGGAAGGACCAACAGCUCAACAACUUGGAGAAAACGUCCCCUGCCCGAGGAUCCUGCACCUCGGACACCAACACCAGGAGGAGAUCCUUCAGCGCAGUUGCCAUGGUGAGCAGCUGUGAGAACCCAGAGGAGACCAGCCUGUCCCCACAAGAUGAGUGUAAGGAGGUCCCCUAUCAGAAAGCCCUCCUGACUUUAAACAGGAUCUCCAUGGAAUCCCAGAUGUAGCCCUCCUCUCUGACCCUUACCUGAAGGCCCUGAGCUGCAAGCACGAUUUCUUAACAAAAUGUUAGUUCUGUAAUUUGCAGCGGGAACAGAAAGCAGAGCCAGUUAAACUUGGCAUAGAAUCAUUUGAAAGUUCCACAGUUUUCUAAUAUGAAAAUUCGGCUUCCGUAGCAGAGUUUGUAUUAGGGAAGCGAUUAAGAAGCCUAAUUGAUUACAAUUAAUCUCAUUACUGCGCAUGCUUGUGUCUCCUCUUGAAGGUGAGAUAAUUAGGAGUAUGUGUGAGGGGAGGGGAGAAGAGGCUGAUAGACUAGAUAAAAAUAGAGAAACCGGUAAGCUAGAUAUUUGCAUAUAAAUUAAUUAAUUAUGGAAUGAGGACUUAUAACAAUAUCUUAUCUCCUAAGCACAACAGAUGAGAUAAACGCCUCAGCUUAGGAGCGUUGUGAUAAGUAAAUAAAAUCCAGCCUGGUUUGAGUUACUGUAUGUGCCUCUCAUUGUAUCACAGUAUCAGGUACACAGAGACGUGGUUCCAAGACAGUGAAAAUGCCAUCCAGUCACAGAUUUCUUUCAGUGCUACUUGCCUAAAGGGUGGUUGGUGAAUGCUGGAAGCCAGAACCAACCCUGUGACAGAAGAGAAGGGGUACCAUUGUGUGAAGAGGUAUUUCUCUCUGAAACACCUAGGUUCCACCAAACCAAUGGGGAACAGAAGGGAGGCAGGGGAUCCCUUCUCUGUGCUCCCUGGAGACGUCUCCUGGGCUCAGAGGCAGGAUUCGGGAGUGGGCAGCACUGUAUGGAGAAUAGAUGCUGUUGGUUUCUGGUCCUGUGAGGCUUCAGUGUGGGUUGAGAAGAAUUCAAAGAGAGAGAGAGAGAGAGAGCCUUUUCUGAAGGCAAGGGAGCUGUGUGUAUGCUGGCUUGAGUGGCAGGUUGGAAUAGUUUCGUCAACAAUGCAGUGAUGUUGAUCUGAUGACCUACUAGAGGAGUAAGCUGCAUGACAGAGGGCUGCUUCAAUCUCAGACCAGGAGAUAAAUGUGCAUUCUCUGUUUUCACGUUAAAGGAUGAAGUUAGCUCCUGAUUCCUUUGAGCAUAGACCCAGCCUCAGACACUGAAAGCUUUAUAAACUGAAGAAUUACUAGCAAUGGCUUGGCAUCAUUUGUGUAAUUUUUUCCCCACUGUUGCUGAGCUAGGAGCGAGUAUAUUAUACAGCUGUUGUCUAAUUUAAGCACACACAUAUUUUGCUUCUUUUAGUGACCCCCCCCACACACAUACACACACUUAAACUUAAUCCCAUAAGCACCUUGAACGGAAUCACACAACUCAAGGUUACCAAGCUACGUCAAGUAAAUAGGUAUUCGAAGGGGUCUCUUUUCCUGUCAUAUUUUUCUCCCUUUCCCUUUCUUGCUUUGCCUCUCUCUGCUACCCAGGAUCAAUACAGAAUACAGAGUAUCUUUUCUAAUGCACAUGUGUAAAUAAAUCUCUCAUUCCUGCUGUCUUAUAAAUAAGAGGUCUCUCUGUUCAAGGGGCAUGUUAAAAAAAAAUAACUGUCCUGAAACUUAAUAUCUGAAACCUAAAUCAUGUUUCACCUGCACUGCUUGGGAAUGGAGAAUCCAUUAGUUAAACCAUACAGCCAUGUAUUUAUGUACCCACACAUCUGGCACGCAGACACACACACACACACACACACACACACACACACACACAGAUACUCACACACCCAUGGUGGGAUGGGACAUGGGAGACAGACAAAGACAGGCAGAGAUAAUUUGGAUUUUGUAGCAGGAAUUACUUGUCUAAAUUAGAAUAUUACUCUUUCCAAGCCUGGUAAAGCAUAACAAUGUUUUCUCCACCGACUUGAAUUUGUUUACCCAGAAGGCAGGUGCACUUCAACGCACUGUGCUUCCUUUGCUCUGUCCUCCCAUGACCAGAUCAGAACAGGGGAGUGGGGUUGGGGGAGCACGGGUCGCUGAUUUCUGAUAAAACAGAUUCUCAUACACUGUGUGUUCAUGCACAGAGUGGAAUGUGUGGUUAGCAUUCAUGUGCCCCAUGCAUCGCUCAUUCUCUGUGCAGAUUGAUAACAUGCUUUGGCACGCCUGAUGAAUUACUUAAUAAAGAUCUUAGACUGGUGCAAA